GGGCCUUUAUAUAUUGGGAUUGUGGGGAUUGAUAACCACAGCAUUCUUCUGCCUGUUAAUAUUUUCCCUCCCUCCCUCCCAUCUUCAAUCCCACCAUGGAAAGCCGGAAGGAGAAAAAUGGUUGGAUGUCUGUUCCUCAAUUUGGAGGGUGGGAUCAUAAGUCCCCAGGAGCUACUGAUUAUUCUAUGGUGUUUUCCCGAGCUCGAGCCAACAAGAAGCAGCAGAAAUCUGACUUCCGACGUGCCAGCCUAGGGAACGAACAAGAACUCAUUGCUCGUAAUCAGGAAGAUUCAGUCAUGAGGAAAAAGAAGAUUCUGACAUACCUUAAUUGUUGUAUUAGACCUUGAUUUCUAGUGAACCCACCCAGCUUCCAGUCCACUCAUUUGCUUGUAAAUUUAUAGAUGACUUGGGUUCAACCCUUAGACGCAAGGGAUUCUGUAAUCUUAAAGCAAGAUGUAUGUAUAUUGUUUGUUUCUCUAUACAAUAAUCUUUUGAGUUUUUGUGCCAUGAAGACCUACAUUUAGACAUUGAAUGUGAUUGCCAAGGAGCAUACUUU